AUGGGAUCAAAUAAAUCACGUGCUAAUUAUCGUGUCGAAUUGCAUUCGCAAAUAUUCUUCUCAAGUCUUCCAAAUAUUUUCAUUACUAUUAAUCCUUGUGACCUACAUCAUCCACUAGCUAUGAAAUUCGCCGGUGUAGAUCUUAAUAUUGACAAUCUUAUAGUUGAUCUAAUGCCAAAAUCACAACAGCGUGCAGCAAUUGUUGCAAGUCAUCCUAUAGGGAUUGUACGUUUUUUUAAUAAACUCAUUACAACAGUUUUAUCGACGUUAAUAAACUAUAAUAUCAAUAAACAUAAGUCAAAUCCUGGUGGUGGUGUUUUGGGAGAAAUCGAAGCCUAUCAUGAUAAAGUUGAAGAAUCUGGUCGUGGUGCAUUACAUUUACAUAUGUUACUGUGGCUUGUCAAUAACAAGCAUCCACAUGAAUUGCGAAAUCUAAUAGUGAACGAACUACCUGAUUUCAAUACUUACAUACAUAAAUUUUCUGCUAUAUGGCCGACAUCAAACAAUCCUUCAUGCCGUUUACGAUAUCCUAAAAAAUUACAUGAUCCAACAACUAUUAAUGUUGAAAAUGGUGAAAUUCAAAUGAAACAUGCUCAUUCCAUGAUGAAUAACUUUAAUGAAUGGCUUUUGCUUGCAUGUAGAUGCUAUAUGGAUAUUAAAUUUAUUUGGUCAGCAUCGGAUACAAAAGCUCUUGUUUAUUAUAUUAGUGAUUAUAUUACUAAAAAAAACUUAUCAUUUCAUGAUUCCAAUUCACUUAUUUAUCAAGUAGUUCAAAAAUUCGAAAAAAAUGAACAAAAAAUAAACUAUAUAGAUGCAUUAGAUAAAUCACGUCGUCUUAUACUACGUUGUUUUAAUACGCUGGCAUCUCAACAAGAAAUCUCGUCUGUUCAAGUAGCAUCAUAUCUUAUGGGAUGA